GAACAUGAUACGGUAAAAGAGGUAAAAAUUGCGAAACCCGAAAUUAAUGUUACUGACUCUCCAGAUGAGUUUAGUGGAAAAGAUUACACAAGGAUUAGAGAUGAUAGAUCCGCUCCUCUUUCAUGGAACAGAAAAAAUCACAAAGAACAAGACAGCCCACAUAUAAAACAUAAGGCUGUUCGUGGAAACAAACGAAUCACAUGCACAGUGUACUUUGCAGAACAGUUCGACUAUUUACGACGUAGAUGUGGAAUCGAGGAUAUUUAUGUGGAUUCAUUGUCUAGAUGUUCUUCAUGGAAA